AUGGAUGAGAAGCACCGGAAGUUGUUGGCGCUCCACCGGGCAAAGUUCGUUGAGUGCGUGGAAGUGGAACGAAUUGCCCCGUUGUUGGAGAGAACCGAGAUUUUAUCGCAUGAUGACAUCGAAAAGAUCAAAUCUGCCCCUUCACGCGGUGCAAGGGUGGAAAGGUUGCUGGAACUUUUACCCUGGAAAUCUGGCCAAGCAUUCCAGACGUUGUGUCUGGCUUUGGAGACAACUUACCCUCAUUUGCUUACCGUUAUGUUCCUGGGAUCAAGUUCGAAUCCUAACACCGAGCCAAACUCCUUGGAGGAGGAAGGCGGGAUUUCCCCAUUGCACGAAAUGCAAAGCAGAUUGACUCAGCCGCGUGGUUUUCCGCGUCCGGUGAGACCCGUUUCUGGACCACCUGUAGCUGCGACAAAAUAUGACUUCAGCUGUGAUCCCGGGCGUUACGCCGGAUCUCCGACGACGUCAGCUACUUCUGCCGCACAUUACGCGUCUAGAAGUUAUCAACCGAGCCCAGGAAAUCAUGCUUACGUACGACUCAGAGGCACAGCGAACUAUUCGAACGAAUCGGACGUGUCGGACUGUGGUCCUCGUGGGGACUGCGGACAUGACUAUGAAUGCAACUGUACCUUUCGAGAUCGACGUGCUUUUUCCUCGAGCUGCUCCGGAAGUGGUACCUCAAUUUCUUUGCAUGACUACGAUUUGCAGCAAAGCAAUCUUGCGUUGCUCAAGGCAGAAUUAAGGCUGGUAACUCACGAUCGAGACUUGCUACGGAAGCAAGUGGACAAAUUGGCCACAGAGAAGGCAGUACCAAACCACAGGAAGCAGAUGUCGCAACCACAUUUGCAUCCCGUCAAUAUACAUGAGCGAGACUUGGGUAAUUUGGGCAUAGGUUGGGAAUCCAGAAGCUUAUUUCCUCCGAACAAUGGAAUAUCUAGUUCUGGAGCAGUCGCUCAGCCACAACAACCCACUCAGCAACAAAUGGAAAAUGAUCCUGGGAUGAUGGAUGACAGAAGUAUCGGGAUGACUGAGAGCUCAACUCUUCGCAGAAAAUUGGAGUCUGCGAAGAAAGAAACCGACUACUAUCGCCAGCAAAUCAGCGAGAGUUCAGCUAAAAUUGAAUCUCUUCAAGGAACGAACAAUCACUUGCGGCAUCAGCUUUCCGAGGUUUUGACCGAAAAGCGUUCGCUGGAACAGGAGCUUGUGGCGGUUCGUCAGCGCUCUCAGGAAGACGACGGCCGUGUCGAGGACGCAACUGACCAGCAGCUGGCCCAGCGACGACACCAGAAGGACGCUGGUGCUGAGCUCAGUCGCUCUGCUAGUAUGAAGGAAGGCAGUACCCUAGGUCUGGUACAUGCGUCGGGCAGCCUGGAAAAUAUCAAUCAGUUGUAUCAACGAGCUCUGCGCAAGUAUGACGGUUUGAGAGAGGAACACGAUGUGCUCAAGAAGCGGCAUUUGAGUCUAGUGGCGACGCAUUCGGACGCCAUUGCGAAAUUGGAACUCUACCAAGAAGAAAGCAGUCGCUUGAAGACUCAGCUGGACGAAACCACCAAAGAUUGCGAACAAGCGGUUUUGGCCAAAAAUCAAUUGAGUCAGCAGUGUACUAGGGCCAUUCGAGAGCUGAACAACGCGUUCAGGGAACGGAACAAGAUGAAAGAAGAGCUUGAAAAGAUCCGCAUGCAGAAAGAAGAAGUGCUGAAGGAAGCUAAUCAGUCGAUUAUUAUGAGGACCAAAGCUUGCAAUGACCUCAAAAGAAUGAAGGAGGAGCGCGACCAAGCUCAAAGGGAUUACGCCCAGGUUUUGGAAGAGAGAGCUCAGGUGCACAAAGAAAUGGAUUCUCUUCAAGCGAAACUAGAAGACUCCACCAAAGCUCUCAUGGCAGUGAAACGAGAGACUGAGGGCUUGAAGCAAGAAUUAGAAUCCUCACUGAUGGAUCGAGACAGGGCUAUGAAGAAAAUUAUGGACAUGAAAUUCCGCGGACUCAGUGCCUGUGAUGAAUUUGCCACAGAUUCCGGUCACAUGUCAGCUGCUGAUGGUUCGCCCAUCACCAGUAUGUCUUUCAACUCUGACUGCUGGGACGCUUCAAAUGCCCGCUCUGCUUCCCGACUUCGGGAAUUGAGGGACGCGGACGGUAUGACGAGACGCGAGUCGCUUCGUGGUGACGUUGAAUCAGUCCAGUGCUCCAUGGAUGACGGGAAUCAACAGCAGCAAGCCAGUUCUUUAUCUGGCGAGAAUAAAGUCCUCCGUCGCGAGCUUGAAAAGCUCAAGAUGGACCUGAAAGUUUCUGAAGAAGACGCCAUGGUGUCUCUGCGACGACGUGAUUGGGCUUUCAGUGAGCGAGACAAGAUCAUUCAGGAACGUGAAAGCAUUCGUGUGCUGUGCGACAAACUGCGUCGCGAGAAGGACCGAGCUGAGAGCAAUCUCGCUCAGGCAUUGCGGGAUGUCAACGAUAUGAAACGCGAACUCAAGCGGAAAACUAAUGAGGCAAGAUUAAGCGAUUUGCUGGAGUUGCAAUCUAAAUCGCACGCGAAAUGUUUUGCAACUGCGGUGCACGAGGAAGAAGAGCAGGAGGCCGGGGAAGAAAAGCCCUUGAGUGCUGGCGGGGACGUUGCGCUGGCCCGACGACGCCGCAAACGACAAAAUCGACCGACAUCGUUUUCGUCGACGGCGUCAAGCUCGUGUCCGUCGUCGGACAAUGAGAAUGACCACGAUGGCGAAGACCGACGGGAGGACGUGUCGUCGGCCAGCAACGUGGGACGUGAGGGCCGCUAUUCGGGUUUGGUAUCGUCGCCGUCGUACUCGAGGGAUUCCGCGAUCGAAGCAGAUUUCGUUCGCUGGGAAACCGUCAGUGUCGAUUUCAGUGCUAGUGAGAUUCCGGAAGUCGGUGACUUGGGGCUGGAUUUCAAAACAAGUGAGGACAAGAGUUGUCCGGCUCAUCCGAAGAUCAUAAGGGUGGCUUCGAGAUCAGUUUUUCAAGACAGACUGAGACCCAAUGAUCGUGUGGUUUCCAUCGGCGGAGUGGAUUGCCGAGGAUUCAGUGCGAAGGGGCUCGUCAGUGCGUUCAGGACUCAACAACGAGGUAUGUCUGGACUCGCCCGCAUCGUAGUCAAAGUUCGUCGGAAACAGAAUCACAAAGCCCCACGAAAAGGCAGUUCUCGUCAACGAGGAACUAUCGUCGACGCAAGAUUGCAAGUUGUACGGUAUGGUGAUCAUGGCAUCUCUUUGGAAACCGGUGUGUUCGUGACAAAGAUUGCCGCCGGGUCUGCUGCUGAGAAAGAUGGUUCAGUCUGUGUUGGCGAUCGAUUGCUUUCGAUUAACGGAAAAUCAAUCCGAGGAUUGAAAUUUGAGAAAAUCGAACGCAUGUUGGAUGAGGCGACGUGGAUCGGGUCGCAAAACCCGACGGGAAACAAAGAUCCCACCGAGUCUAUUCCUGGAGCCUUGAUAACAGUAGCCAAAUUUGUAUCAGUCGAUGAUCGUCGUCGUCGUCGUCAUCAGCAUCAGCAUCAGCUCGAUGACCGCAGCAACAGAAACUCUCGUUAUAAUGCGUCCGAUGAAGAAGAGGACAUUCGGAGGAACAAAGCCGGUUACGAUAAUGCUUACUUAGCCUCGCAGGGCCACGGUUGCGAGUGUGUGGAUGGCAGUGACGCUGUGAGACCGAAGAGUGUGUGUCAUCCAUUCCAAAGGAUUGAAACGUCUAUGGGCGAGAGGUCGUCCCCUUUCCGGAGGGACAGCGAGGAUGCGAUUGCCCAGCUUGACUCGGUGCUCAACACAUAUGCCACGGAGAAUGGCUGUCAGGCACGACAAGAGCCGGUGUACGCGAGUCAGCGUCGUUCGAAAUCGCGUUACGGAUCGAAACCAAAGUCAAAGCGUCGUGACGGCGAUUCUGGUCGGAGCAAGUCCGUCGUUGUCGGGGAGACGCACUGUGGAACAUGGCCCAAGUAUCGUGGGCCACCUCUACACGAGCCGGGUGUCGCGGCAUUUGAUAAUCGAACCGUGUUCGCUUCCCGAUCCAGUCGCAGUGGGAGAAAACCCGUUUCUUCGAUAUUCGACGUGGAAAGGAAUGAAUUUAAAAGAAAUCCCACCCCGGUGCAACGACAAGGAGUCAUGGACGAGCAGGAUAAGAAGAAGGCUCAACAGGAGCAGCAGAUGGGACAAAUGCUGCAACAGUCCCCACAGCAGCAGAUGUUUGGCCUGGUGCAUCAAACACCCCCUACGUAUUACGUGGAAUAUCCAUUUGGGAACGGUCCGGGUCGUCCAGAUGCCAAUGGCACGUUGGAAAGUGACCAUGACCGUUUAUCGGCUUUAUCUCCAUCGGAUACGAGCUUGGACUUCUCGGUUCGCUCUGGGAAUGUCGAGAAAGACGUAUUGGAAUACUACGUCAAGAAGAAAGGGUGUAGCGGGGUAGGAGGUCGUGGAGCUACGACAGGGACGUCGUCAGACGCCGUCGUGGGUUCUGGCAGUGGAAAAUACUGCCAGAGCGAUAGCGAAGGAAAUAUGAGUCCUGGGGAAUCUCACGCCAGUUUCCCUGUGCCAUUCCAGCAGUUCCACUCGGAUCCAAUGGCUCAAGUGUCAUCGAAGUCUGGAAUGUUACCAGCGACAGCCACGUUAUGCAGAAGUGGAGACUCGGUGCUGUCGUCGGCAUCAUCGUCAACGUCGGCUUCGGCAUCGACGUCUACGUCAGCCUUGAUCGCGUCCACUGCGGGAAUUGCUGCUGGCACGAGAAGAGGAUUUUGUGAAGUGCCCGCUCGUUACUCGUCACCUCUAGAUGUUGUUCGUCAACCUUGGGGAUAUCGUGAGCUGAGUUAUCCGAGUACAGGUGGUUCGAUGCAUCGGAAAGAAAUCACCGGGCUUUUGGUGCGUCUCGAAAGUCCUUACGGCACGAGAAUCGAUCACGCUCCACCGCCCCCUCGGCUUCCGCCGCCGCCUCCACCUCCGCCACCGUCACCCCCACCAGUGUUACUCGAUAACGGCGGUCACAUGAUCUACGGAGUGCAGCAGCAGCUUCAGAUUCAGUCGCAUCAGCAAAUGCAAGUGCAACGAGGUCCCUUGACGCAUCGUCACUCGCACGACUAUGCGCAAGUGUCGACGGUGGCGACAUCGGGUGCCAUGUACAUGCCGGUUGGAGCAGGGGUAGGCGUUGUGCCUGCGUCAGGGGGACGCCAUCACGCACACACUCUUCCGCAUCCGCAUCGGGGGCGCCAGCUGUCCCGGAUUGAGGGUGAGCAGGAAUUGGAAGACUUGGAGAGCGAGCGUGGAUCUGAGCAUUGUAUGCAAGUGAUGCGGACUGAGCUGAGGGGCAGCGAACGGCACAAAAGGCAAUUACUGGAGGAAUAUGGAGCACCGUAUUUGCGGAAUAAUAUAGCAGCUUCGAUUGAAGGCGGAGGAACCUUUCCGAGGAAGAAGGAGUCCCAGAGACCGAGGCCAAUGAUGGGAGAAUUGAGAAAUGUACAUAUCGAGAAGAGCUUGCAGCCGUUGGGAUUCAAUUUGAAUUCCGGCGCAUCUGGAGGAGUGUUCGUGGCACACGUGUCGCAGAAUUCGUUGGCUGAACGUGCUGGACUUCAGGUUGGAGACCAGCUGUUGGAAGUUUGUGGAAUCAACAUGCGAUUGGCGAAUUAUGAUCAAGUGGCAAGCAUCAUUCAUCAGUGCGGAGAAUCAAUUUCAAUGCUUGUGCAGUUUAAUCCAGACAAAUUCGAAGGAUCCGAUAUAAAUACGCCUGCCACCAGCAGCUUUGACAACGUCCAGCCCCAGGUCGUGGACGCCGGAAGUGAAUCUCCGACGCCUUGUAAUUCUCCAAAAAAUGUUCGCUCAAAUAUGAUGCGCGUAUCCGAAGGAAACGGGGAUUUGAUGCGCGGAACGAGACACUGGACUCAUACUUCCGGUGUUGGCAGCGAUGAAACGUCCACUUCGACGAAUUCGACGUUGCGUGGCCCAUUGAACAUGGAUAGUGCUGGCUCUGGUUGCAACACCCUCACGAGAAGAGACAUUAAAGAAGUCAUUGCGACUUUGCAUCAACACCAUCAUCAUCGGCAGCAGUCGUCUGGUGGACAGAGUUUAACUGGUGGUGAUGGCUUGCAGGAUGAAAUCAAUGGAAAUGAUAUUAGCUCGAGCCAGGCCUCAGCGCCGAAGUUACUGUUUCUGGAGAGAGAUUCCCCGUCUGCGAACCUCGGAUUAAGUUUGGUUGGUGGAAACAAAACCGGUAUUUUCGUUCACUCCGUUCAUCCGGAUUCGCCUGCUGCCAAAGCCGGUCUUGGGCAUGGUGACCGCCUCCUGGAAUAUAAUGGAGUCGACCUCCGGGAAGCAACUGCUGAACAAGCCGCGUAUGAGCUGGCCAGACCCGGGGAAAAACUGGCGAUUUUGGCUCAGAGAGACAUUCCAAGAUUUGAACGAGCCCAAGCUGAGCCGGGAGACAGUUUCCAUGUCCGAGCUUUGUUCGACCGGAUAGUGGAAGGCUCAUCGGUGUCGUCGUCGUCCGCACUUUCUGGCCCUGAAGCCCACGAUAGACCCUUGUCCUUCAGGCAUGGUGACAUCCUAUUUGUGGACAAUACUAUGUUCAAUGGUGUGCCGGGGCAGUGGAGAGCCUGGUUGGUGGAUCCCAUCACUGGCCAUCCUGUUUCCUGUGGACUGAUACCCUCGAAAGAAAAGGUUGAAGAAGAACUCCUGAUCCGUCGAGGGAUCGGCAUCGAAUUCGACAUGGAAGCCCCACAGCUCCACUACGCACUCGGUGGUGGGCUGACUUCAUCCACAACAUCUGGAGCUUCAUCAUCGUCAACCCGAAGUCGAGGACUCGCCUACGCCAGAAGAUCCUUUUUCCGCCGUAAGAACAAGUCUGGGGCGUCUGGAGGCGCCACUGGAGCAGAUGCGUCUUCUUCUUCCUCAUCGUCCAAUGCAGCUGUGACUCUGCGGUCGUCGUCGUCGUCCUCUUCUAGCUCGUCGCACGGAGCCAAAGAACUGGCGUCGAAAACGCUGCAAAGCGACAUACGACCUAUACCUUGGGUCCUGCCUAGACCCAAGCUACGCUGGGACGCUCUCCUAAACCGGAACGGGUCAAUAGUCGCUCAGUCCGCUAACUUCAAGCGGUCUACGAACGGACUUCACCAUCGAGGAUCCUUGGUGGAGCUGGAUUCUGAGAUCAUCGAUCACAAACGGCGCGGGAGUCAUUUUGAAUGCACCACCCUGAAGGCAGUUGCUUCUGUUUGCGAUCGGAACCUGCAUUGCGUGUUGGACGUUAGCUUGCAGUCCGUCGGCCAAUUGCAAACCCGUGGGCUGCCCGCGAUUGUGCUGUUCAUCAAAUUCAAGUCGAUCAAGCAGAUCCGUGAAGUGAAGGAUACGCGUUUGGGAGAGAAGAUAUCCGCGAAAGUUGCCAAAGAAAUGUUUGAGCAUGCCCAGAAGAUUCAGUCGGAGUUCAGUCACGCGAUUUCCGCUGUGGUGCACGCUGCAGUGAACCUGUCUUAUAUCUGCACCCAAGUUGCUGGCUGCGUGGAGCAAGAGCAAAGGAAGAUAUUCUGGAUACAAACUGGACAGCCACUGUGA